AUGGGAACCUGUGUGUACACAACUGGGGACUGCAACAUUUGGAGAAGAAUACUUUCCAUUAAAGAUGAGUCUGUUGGAAAAUUACUGCCUGCGCAGAGGCAGCCUCAGGGCCAGGGGCGGUGCAAGAGCAGUAUAAAAGUAACCCCAAAGCCGUGUUCUCUCAUCCACUUCUCUUGCCCUGCUCUCCUCGGGACCCAGGUGAAGCUCUACCAUCCAGACAUGUCCUGCUACAGCCCGUGCGUGCCCUGCCAGCCCUGCGGCCCGACCCCACUGGCCAACAGCUGCAAUGAGUCCUGUGUCAGGCAGUGCCAGGACUCCACUGUUGCCAUCCAGCCUUCUCCUGUGGUGGUGACCCUGCCUGGUCCCAUCCUCACUUCCUUCCCGCAGAACACGGUUGUAGGCUCCUCCACCUCUGCUGCUGUUGGCAGCAUCCUCAGCUCUGAGGGAGUGCCCAUCAACUCCGGGGGCUUUGGCCUCUCCGGCUUGGGUCUCUCCAGCUUGGGCGGCCGCAACUGUGGCAGGAGGUGCCCCCCCUGCUAAAGCUGCUGGUGAUGGCCCUGGGGAAGGGCCCAGGGACCCAGAAGAUGGCACCGCACUGGGGACAGGGCCUUGGGUUGUUGCUUCCAGAGCAGCUGAGCAACCCCAGCACCACUUGCACAAGGACGGGGCCAGCCUUGUGCUCUCACACAGCAUGGCCCAUGCUGCUUUUUCCCUCUGCCACUCUUUCUCCCCACAGCCGUGUGGUGCAGACUCCUCUCUGCCCCUGAUGCUCCCUGCACCAGGAUCUCCACUCAAUGUCCUUGUUUCCCGUUUUUGCCUCAUUAAAAUCUGCUGCAUCCCAA